AUGUUGUUCUCCCGCUCCGUGGCCCUCUCCAUCCUUGCCACCUUGGGCGUUAACGGUCUCGUUAUCCCCCACAUUGGCGACGUUAUCGACGUCUUCAAGUCAUCCGACUUGGCUACCUUGAAGGAAGACCUCACCCACAAGGCUGGUGACCUUGUUGCUGACUUGAAGCACGGCAAGCUCCCUGAGUUGGUUGCUCCUUCCGAGGCUGCUCCUUUGUUGACCAAGGAGGGUCUUCGUGACGUGAUUCCCCACAAGUACAUUGUGGUGUUCAAGGAGGGCGUGUCAAAGGACUACGCUAGCUUCCACUCGCAGUGGGUUGCCGAGGCUCACGCCCAGGCUGUUGGUUCUGCCGACAAGGCCGACCCAUACUUUGCCGCCGUUGAGGCUUCUCAGACCGAGGGCGGUAUCACCGACGAGUUCGAUGUGGCCAGCCUCCUUACUGGUUACACUGGUUACUUCUUGGACUCCAUGGUUGAGUUGAUCCGCCGUGACCCAGCUGUCGCCCACGUUGAGAAGGACUCAAUGGUGUACGCCAACGAGUUUGACGUGCAGAAGGGUGCCCCAUGGGGUUUGGCUAGAAUCUCCCACAGAGCUCCUCUCUCCUUGAGCUCUUUCAACCAGUACCUCCACGACACUGAGGGUGGCCAUGGUGUCACCUCCUACGUCGUUGACACUGGUGUUUUCGUCGACCACUCCCAGUUCGAGGGUAGAGCCAAGUGGGGUAAGACCAUCCCUACUGGUGACACCGACAACGACGCCAACGGUCACGGUACCCACUGUGCCGGUACAAUUGCCUCUAAGGAAUUUGGUGUUGCCAAGCACGCCAAUAUUGUUGCCGUCAAGGUCUUGGGCUCCAACGGUUCUGGUUCCAUGUCCGACGUUCUCAAGGGUGUUGAGUUUGCCGCCAAGUCUCACCAGGAGCAGGCCAAGGAGGGCAAGAAGGGCUUUAAGGGUUCCACCGCCAACAUGUCUUUGGGUGGUGGUAAGUCCCCAGCUUUGGACUUGGCUGUCAACGCCGCUGUCAAGGCUGGCCUCCACUUUGCCGUGGCUGCUGGUAACGAGAACCAGGACGCCUCCAACACCUCGCCAGCUUCCGCUGAGUUGGCCGUCACUGUCGGUGCCUCCACCAUCUCCGACGCCAGAGCAUACUUCUCUAACUACGGUGACGUCGUUGACAUCUUUGCCCCAGGUCUCAACAUUUUGAGUACCUACAUUGGCUCCGAGACUGCCACUGCCACUUUGAGUGGUACUUCCAUGGCUUCUCCUCACAUUGCCGGUUUGUUGGCCUACUUUGUGUCCUUGCAGCCUGGUGCAGACUCUGAGUUCUUUGUCUCUGAGAAGGGUGUUUCCCCAGGUCAGUUGAAGAAGAACUUGGUUAACUACGCCACCAAGAACAAGUUGUCCGACAUUCCAGAUGACGGUACUCCAAACCUCUUGGCUUUCAACGGUGCUGGACACAACUUGACUAGCUUCUGGGGUGGUGAGGCCACCGAGGAGUCCGAGGCCGUCGAUGUGAAGCAGGCCACUUUGGGCACCAAGAUUGACGAGUUGCUCGCCAAGGUGGAGAAGGACUCGUCUCACAUCAUUGACGACGUCAAGGCCUUGGUCAACGACAUCUACCAGAAGCAGUAA